AUGACCGAGGUCAUGUGCAAGGUGUCGGGUGAGGGGGGAGCGCUUCCCCGCGCCGCAGCGUGGGGAGGAAGGGGGCGACACGAUUUUGGGACGUUUUCGGUACCCGCAGUGUUUGGUGCUGCUCGUCUUCCCGCCCGACUCCCGGAGGGCUGCGCCCCGCGGGCUGCCGUGCUCCCUGCCCGCUGGAGCGGGAGCAGCUCUGCGCUGAGCAGCAUCCUGGGCAUCCCUGCCGAGAAGCCGAGUGACGCGCUGGGCCGGCACCCGCCACCUGUUGCCACCAGCAAAAAGGAACAAGACUGCCUGUUACGGAAUCAGCCCAACCAGCCCCAGAACCCCAAGGUUUUAAGAAUUGCCAUCAUCGGAGCACCCAACGCUGGGAAGUCCACACUCUCUAAUCGGCUCUUGGGCAGAAAGGUUUUCCCAGUUUCUAAGAAAGUGCACACAACGCGAUGCAAAGCCCAGGGUGUUGUCACAGAUGAGGACACGCAGCUGAUCAUUUUGGACACACCUGGACUCACUAAUCCAUUUAAAGUCAAAAGACAUAAAUUAGAUGAAGCCAUGCUGACAGACCCAUGGGACAGCGUGAAACAUGCAGAUUUAGUUCUGGUUUUGGUGGACGUGUCAGAUCACUGGACGCGAAACUCUUUGAGCAGGGAGGUGCUGAAGUGUCUUUCUCGGUUUUCCCAGAUCCCCAGCAUCCUGGUUUUGAACAAGGUGGAUCUGCUAAAGAAGAAGUUUAUCUUGCUGGAACUAGUAACUGAGCUAACGGAGGGAAUUGUAAAUGGAAAGAAAUUGGAAGUGAAGUAUGCAUUAAAAGAUAAUUCAAGUUCUUCAGCAAAGUCUCCUCUUAAAAUCACUCAGGCUUCUCCACCUGAGAAUAGGGACCCCAAGUCUCACUGUCUGCAGGAAACAGAUGGAGCCCAAAAAGGCUCUAGCGAGGACAACAGCAGUAAUAUGAGGGCUUCUGAGUCCAGUCUUGUCACAGAAGAAGCACAAGGGCCAGAGCUCUAUGAACCCAGAGAUCUAAAAAAUAUGAAAGGCUGGCCAUGCUUCCAGGAGAUCUUCAUGCUGUCAGCUCUCCAUGGGGAGGAGGUGGAUGUGCUUAAGCGGUACCUCUUGAUGCGAGCCAAGCCAGGCCCUUGGGAGUUUCACAGUGGGGUCUUGACCAGCCAGUCACCUCAGGAGAUCUGUAAUAAUAUCAUCAGGGAGAAGAUACUGGAGUACCUGCCACUGGAAGUGCCCUACGGCGUGAUUCAGGUGACGGAGAUGUGGGAGAAAGGACCGAGUGGGGAGCUCCUCAUCGCACAGAACCUCCUGGUCCCAAGGAAGUCUCAUAUGAUGAUGCUGAUUGGAAGAGGAGGUAUGGUUAUCAGCAGGAUCGCUCAGGAGGCCGGCCAGGACCUGAUGAACAUUUUCUUGUGUGAUGUCCGCUUGAAGCUCAUGGUGAAGGUGAAGAGUUGAGCUCUUUGCAUGUGUUUUAACAGCCCUUGAACUCUGGUCAUGCGGAGAAAUGGGUUCUGUUUUGCCCUGCGGGUAUCUUGGUACCUUUGCUCAAUACAAAAAAAAGAGGACGAUGGAAUUGCUAUAGUGGCUGAAGUAGAAUAUAUUAUUCUUUGGGGGAAUUGCCCAAACUGAAAUAAAAUCUUCAGAUCUUCUACGACACCUUGUCUUGUGGAAGCUGGGGACAGACCCUGGAGAACCAGCUGCACGUGAGAUUCUAGUCCUGUGUUUACAGAGCUGUCAUCCACUUCUUUUGGGUGACAUUCCGCAUCCUCCCUGUCAGGUGUUUGUGCCUGGAAGUUCAGGAGCAUCUCUUGUCUUUUAGCAGACGAAGGGUUGCAGUGAAGGAUUAUCAUCACACCUUUAUCAUCACACCUUUAUCAUCUCCCCUGAAGGCUGAAUGACUCCAGCAGUGGUCAUGCAGGAGGAAGAAGCUUACCCCAGCCCAUGCGGUGGUCUUGUCAACUUCGCUCUCUGCCCUGUUGAAGUUCAUGGGUGUGAGUGUAUGACUGCAGGGAGUCAGUAUUGCCCAGACAGCCUGAGUUGGGGGGCGGGUUGCAGGCUGGCAGAAACACUCUCUAAUGACUGGGUGUGACAGAGGGAGCUCUUAAACUCUCUGUAGAUCCUAAAAGCCAGUGAUUUCUGACUCCUGUAUGGGAGCCCUUCCCACAGGCAUGUGUGCACCAUCCUCUUACAUGACUGCCAGCUGCUGCUUUUAUUUUGACCUCUUCUGAGUGGUAGUUUGUAAAAAUGCUUGCUCCUUCUCUUUUCCCCUGUCAUCCUUUCCUCCAGCUUCCGAAGCAUGUCGCUUUUCCUGGAGUGUGUUGCCCUCUCCAGAGGGUCCCAGACUCAUCUGAGUACAUUCUUGGAGAAGGGAGAAAUGGAACCGUGAUCUGUUCUCAGUGUGUUGACAGGAGCUGCUUCCCUGACCGCUGGGGAGAGGAGCAGGGAGGUCAGAAAAUGGCUCACUGGGCUUGCGGGUAUUAAUGAUAAAGGGAAGCAGAGCAGGGAAUAGGUGUCUGUCUGCCUCUAGGCAUCUUGUUUCUGGUGCCCAGGGGGGUCCUGCCUGUCCACCCCUCUGGAUGUUUAGCUGAUGAAUGAAUGUUGUGUGGUUUGAAGAUGUUGCUAGCAGCAUCUCAUAGAUGCUUCCUUCUUCAGAAUUGCUUGUUUGUCACACAAAACCACAUCAGACUCCAUUUCUUAGGAAUUUGAACAGUUUAUUGCAUCAAAGUUACUUCAGUUAUUAUUACUCUUUGCAUCAAGGUCACAGAUACAAACGUAGAGUCUGUCGCAGCUAAAGAAAAGCCCAAAGUGGGAACAACAGCGGGUUCUGCAGGUCGGGUUUAAUGGGGGGUCGGGGACAGGGAGCAAGUGGCAGAGGUCAGGGCACAAGCAGGGCUCGGAGGCUGGAGGAGCAGGGCUGGGUGGGGGCUGAGGCACUCCGUGCUGCUCUGCGGAGCCCUUGGCGUGGAGGGUGGUGGAGCCUGGCACCACACUCGUGUGCCUGGGCCCCUGCCCCUCUGCACAUGGACCUGGCGCUUGGGAGGUUGAGUUUCAUCUCUGCACGUGGCUGUGCUCAGGCGCUUGGAGCACUGGGUGGCUUCCUGCCAGGAACGCGGGUGGAUUCCGGUGUGCUGCUGUAAACGAACGUCCCCAAGCCAGGAGACUCCAGUGAAGAGGUCUGGUGGGAGCUGCUGGGGGCUCUGCUUCUGCCUGGACCCCAAACCUCUUGAGUAAAUCCUGUGCCUGCCUUCCCUCUCUGGUGCAACGGCAAGGAGAUGCUUUACCAGGAUUUUACAAGGAUUUACAAGGAAUGUGAGAGCCUCUGAAUUCCAGCUUGAGAAGCCUCCAUGGGGCAACAUGCGGUGCUUCCCCCCGAGCAGGGGACGCUGCGGUCCCUUCAGUGCUGCUAUCUGACUUUUGUAUUUUCCUUGCAAUAAAGUGAAGUCCCCGCACCAA